AUGAUAUUCAAAAAAUUUCAUGAUGAGUAUGACUAUGCCUCAGCAGCAAUAAUAAAACAUCGCAGUGAUAGCCAAGCAGUGCAUGAAUAUAUUGUUGGAAUUUUCAAUGAAGGUAGAGAGUAUAAAGUAGUUUGUGACCAUGUCAAUAAGAUAAUUUCAUGUAGUUGCAGGAAGUUCGAAACAUUUGGGAUUUUAUGUUGUCAUGCUUUGAAAAUUUUUGACUUACUUGAUAUAAAGAUAAUUCCUGAUGCAUAUAUUUUGAAGAGGUGGACAAGAGAAGCAAAGAGUGAAUAUAUCUUAAAUACUACAAGUAGGAAUGUGGAAGAGAAUAUAAAUUUAAAUGGUACACAACGAUAUAGAAGAUUGUGUCCAAUGUUAGUGGAAUUAGCCACUGAAGCAGCUGACAAUGAAAAGGCAUGUGCGUUUGUAGAGAGGAUGGUAAAAGAAAUGAAACAAGAAGUUCAAAAUAUUAAAAAAGGUUCGAGUGCUGCUCUUAAUAAUGAAGAUCAAUUGUUAUUGUCAAAUGGCAAUGAAAUUGCAAAUCAUAGCCAAUCUGUUGAGAAAUUACUUGAAACAGUCAAAGGGUUCAAGAAGAAGGAAGGUCGGAAGAGUAAAAAGCGUGCAAAAAGUUGGGUUGAGAUGCAACCAAAUAAUAGAAGAAAAAGUAUAGCAAAGGAUAGUGUUGGAAAAAAUUAUUCUCAGCAAAUUGAUCAAGUGCCUUAUUCGAUACCAAGAGUAACAUUUGAAGAACCAUUUCAAUAUAGAUGCGAAACCAGUUUCAUUAACUUUCUACCGGAACCAUUUGAUAGAAGUUCAUUGCCUUUAUCUUCUGAAGUAUCAAAUAAUGCGUACGUUAAUCAGAGAACUAGUGGGUUCAAUCUUACACCAACAUUCCUUGCUGAUAGCACAAAUGAAAAUUUGGAUCUCAGGAAUUUUCUUGGACAUUGA